UACUUGAUGGAUACUGAUCAACCCACACACUGCAGACCACAUAAUUUCUCCUCAUACAUGGCUUCCACCCAACUAUUAUGUUUGUUUGAUGUCUCCUCAGGUAAUUGGUAUGUGUUUGUCUGAGGUGGGGCCCCUGCUUUUUGUAGCUGCCGGAGGGGACAUUUUAUAUCCCUCUAAAUAAAACGGAAUUUAUAGCUUUGGACACUCCCUCCUUCCCGCUUUUAGACUGAAGCGAUUUUGCAUGCUGUUUUUUGGGGCAUGAUUAAUUAGUGUUUAUAGCACAAUAGAGCUGUAUGCCAAGUCUUGCUUACUGUUGUGUUGGGUUUGUCUUCUAGAUUUUUUUGGAAUCUUUACCUUGAAAUAAAAUCGUGAAUGUAGACUUUUACAGUAAUUUUGUGCUAUAAAAAUAAAGUUAAAUGAAUGGACUUUUUAGAUGAGUUGGAUCAGACCAAACGUUAAAUGCUCACUCUAGCUGCAAAUAUUAACAGGGAAAUGUUGAACCAAGAUACUAUGUUUGUAGUUUUUAUUUGAGCAUAUGGUGGGACAUUAAGCGAGGGUCCUCCCUUAGGAAAUUUUAAGUGUCAUAAACUUAACUUUAUGAAUUUCUUCACCAGUGUGUGCACGGAAAACAAAACACAUAGUGGAUUACAAUGCAGUGAUUCCCUCUGGUAUUCUCCAUCAUUUUUAAGAGUAAUUUUCAGCUUUUGGCGCGGAUAAUUUAUGCUUAAUAUUUAUAUUUUGGGAGCAAAUUGCUUAAGAACAAACACCUGCCUGCUCCAGAAGUAUUCUUUGCUUAGUAAUGUUAUCGUGUUUUCCCUAAAUAAACCAUCUGCUUCCUUAAUGUUUUACGGGGAGGAAGAGAUUAGGACAAGUGCAUGUUCUAAUUGUUGGGUGGAUGGGGCGAGGCUUGUCUUUUGGGUACAGCUGUGCUCGACAGCUACAAAAGUCUUUUAAAACAAGACUUUUCCACAAACAAUACAAAAAAAAUGAGCAUGUUGUAUUCCAUAUGGUCACACUUAAGCAGUAAAGAUGAAGAACACAAGUCGUUACGAUCGUGCACAAAUCAACCUAAACCCCACGAGCCAGCGACAGCCAGCUGCUCGCUCAGGGAGCCGGAGUUCCUCGAAACCCCCGAGAGGCAGUGGCUGGUGAUCCCUCCUCACCGCCGGCCAAAUCUCUCCCUUUCUCCCUCCCUUCCCUUAUCUCUCCGCCCCCACCUUCCCUCUCUUCUUCACUCCCUCUGUGCCUGGAAGGACGUAUGCGGAUGGAGCAGAGUCGCGGCGUCUCCUGGAGCUGAUCCAACCAUCCCGUCUGAGGCGGUCGGUUUGUGCCCCCCGCCCGCGCUUCAGGUUUCUUGCACGGCGCACGGUGGAGAAACCAGACGGCCUUUCCCGCUCUGCGCCGUCGACCGGCAGAAAACAGCGUGCCAGUUGGAUCUGCGUUCUGCUGCUGCUGCGUCGCACCUCUCGAAGUGAGAAGACUCGCUCUGCCAAUGUGCGUCCCCAGCAUCGCAAACUUGGAUCGUCGCCUCUUUUCGCGGAAAGACUCAUCUCCACCUCUGAAAACCUUUUGUCACUGCUGACUAACGAUGUAUUGACAAAUUGUGUGACGCUGUAUGGGUACUUUUUUUUAUCCCCUAACUGGCUUUUACUAAACUGUCAGACGUCAACUUUUCCCUUGCGGAUGAAGCUUUGCUUGCUCAGUCUAUGUGAAAGUGCGUCGGGUAUAACCGGAGUGCGCACACGUUUAAUUCAUCGCGGCGGGAGCAUGGGAUUUUAAACUACAGCAUGUGGAGUCGUUCCUAAGGACCGCAUCGCUGCUCUCCGUGGGUGUAUGGAGAAGAGCAGCCUGAGAAUGACAGGCGGAACCCGGGAGGCGCCGGUGAACAUCUCUCCGGCGGUGGCGGCCAACGCAGAAGGCGAGGAGAUCGAGGUUUUGGAAAGUACCGAAGUCAUCCCAGUGGCUCCAGAAGAACAAUGGAAGUCUCUGUUUGACAAGUAUGACCCCGAGAACUCAGGCUUCAUCAGUACAGAGCGGUUCAGGGACCUGCUGGCAACCCAUGGCUCUGAGCUCGACCCCCACAAACUGGAAGUCCUGUUGGCCCUUGCUGAUGGCAAUGCUGAUGGAAAGAUCUGUUAUCAGGACUUUGUCAACCUGAUGAGCAACAAGCGCUCCAACAGUUUCCGGAGGGCCAUUCUGCAGGGCAGCAGGCAGCUAAAAGGCUGCAGUCUCAGAGACGAGGCAGGCUUAGGACUGUCCCAGCGGUUGGUCCGCCACGUUGCCUAUGAGACGCUACCCCGUGAGGUCGACCGCAAGUGGUACUUUGACAGCUAUACCUACUGUCCCCCUCCCUGGUUCAUCCUGGCUAUCACCAUCGCAGAGGUAGCUGUGUUCAUGUACUAUGGGUGCAAGAUGGACCGCUUGGUCCUGCAAGUGUCCAGUCCAUCCUUCCUAAAAAGUCCCCUACCUUACCAUCCUCAGCUACGAGCCCAGGCCUGGAGGUAUCUCAGCUACAUUUUCAUGCACACUGGGAUUGAACACCUGAGCCUGAACAUGGCCAUGCAGCUGCUGGUGGGCGUCCCUCUAGAAAUGGUCCACGGUGCCCUGAGAAUUGGACUGGUCUAUGUGUGUGGUGUGUUAGCAGGGUCUCUGGCCGUGUCUGUCACGGAUAUGACGGCUCCGGUGGUUGGCUCGUCUGGGGGAGUCUACGCCCUGGUCUCUGCACAUUUAGCCAAUGUAGUAAUGAAUUGGUCAGGAAUGAAGUGUCAGUUUAAGUUAUUUCGGAUGGCCAUGGCUCUGGUUUGCAUGAGUGUAGAGUUUGGUCGAGCAGUAUGGCUCCGGUUCUACCCUCCGGCCUUUCCUCCAUGCCCGAAUCCCAGCUUUGUAGCUCACCUGGGAGGAGUGGUGGUCGGCCUGACGCUUGGUGUGGUUGUUCUGCAGAACUAUGAGCAGCGGCUCCAGGAGCAGUCCCUGUUUUGGAUAUUUUUCUGUGUCUACACCUUGUUUGUGCUCUGCGCUGUUUUCUGGAACAUUUUUGCCUACAGCCUGCUUGAUGUGCGACUGCCCCCACCACCAUGAGUUGUUUAUUAGAGGCACAGAAGACACUGUAUCCCUUUUAUUCCUCCCUUGGUAGACGCCUGACCGCCCGGCUGGAUGAGUCACCCGGGCCUUCACUAACCGAGCCUCAUCUUGAGGCAGUCAGAGUUCUCUGACAGCCACUUUAUUCAUACAUCCAGUGCUCCGAUGCAAUGAUACUUGGCAUGCAGAAGCCCUCUGUGUUACACUAAACUUUUUUGGACACGUGUGCUACGUUUUCUGGUUAAGCCUUACAUUGGCUCACACUCACCAUACAAGCUAAUCUCCACUCGUUCUUUGUCUCCAUGUCUGCUGGAUGUUGGUGUCAAGAGUAUCAACCAGUGGGAUAGAAGGCAGAAGCAGACCUGUCUGCAUGGCCUGACCUUCUCUGCCUCUUUUCCCUCGAUCCAAUGGUGCCUAUUCAUGGAGACAUCAGCCUGAUGAAAGUAUUUCUGCACAAUUGCCUGUAGUGUAGGGUGACAGCAGUAAAAUCCUACAACCAUUUUCUGAAGGGAGAAGUCUCUGAAACUCCUCUAAAUGAAGGAGAGUAUAUCAGAACUUAGUCUAAGCUGGUGUUUUGUCAUCAUUACAAGCACCCCAUGAGCAUGAGAGGAUAUUAUAACAGGCAACAGGAUAGUCAAUCUUCCCCAAGUUUCACAGGAAACGGAGGAGUGUGUAGGCACAGUUUACCUUCAGAGGUUAUUAUGAAUUUACCUUUUGAAGGAGACUGUGGGUUCAGGGUUCAGUCAAUUUGUGUUCGGCACAAUUUCAACCUCAAACUUAUGUCUUUCGUGUGUUUGGAAGGAGUGCAACAAAUGUAUCAUUGUGUGUGCGAAAAGAAAAGAAGCGGAAGUGCCAUUCAGGCUUUUUCCUUAAAAAAAAUAUGCCAAAACAUUGUUAAUAGCACAGCCCGUAACAAGUGUUGCUUUUUUUGACGUGAAAUAGGUCUAAUUUUUUCAGUUGGAUGCUAUAUUUUCUCUAACAAAUGUUUUACUGACACCAAGAAGAGUAAAGUUAUUUUCGUUUUAAGUAGUUUUUGCAAAGGUGAAAAUAAAAAUCUGCAAAGAGUUAAAAGAAGUUUAUUUAUUGAAAUGUAAUAAAUACACACAGCAGUAAAGACAUCCGGGCCAUUCUGAAUACAUCUUUUUUUUCCUUUUUCCUCAUUACCAAAUGUAGACAAACACACAUGCCUGACCUCGAAUACAUCUGGGCUGGAGUUGUUUCCCUCUCAGUUCAGGAUCAACUGGGCAAAGAAAUCAAUGGUCUCUCAUUAGUUCCUGACACAACUUAAUUUGUUAAUUGAUUGAACCGAGACAGAAAGCGACCCCAGCCCCAAGCUGUAAGUCUUAAACUGUACUGUAUUCUAACCUCAUGUUACACCGGUAACUGCUUGGCACAAACAUAAUGUAAUUACAUACAGAUUAAUAUUUUAACAUGUGUUUGCUGUUGAUUUUUUAAAAUUGUGAUAUUGGUAUGUUGUGUAAAUCGUCUGGUCGGUCUGCAUUGUGAUAUGUUAGCUAUAUACUAUAUGUGUCCUAUUUAAAGAUUGAUUAUUAAUGGCCUGGGAUUGUAUAUAAUAAGGGCUAUGGCACAAAACUGAAUGAGGGGCAAAUUACUGCUAUUUUAACAUUGUGCAUAUUUUCUAGAUUUGAUAUGUAAAUACUGGAGUGCAUUAAACAGUUUUAUACAGAAACAAA